AUGUCUGAACGGCCGGGCCCUCAGCCUGUGAUCUUCUGCCCGGGAGACUCCCCGAAGCGUGUCUUGGUCUCUGUCAUCAAGACCACCCCUGUCAAGCAGCCCCGCGGGGGCAGCGACGAUCCCGCCCGCGUCCCUCCGCCGCCGCCCAUCCCCACCAGCCCGGGCUUCAGCGACUUCAUGGUCUACCCGUGGCGUUGGGGGGAGAACGCGCACAACGUCACCCUCAGCCCUCCCCCCGCCACGGCUCAGCCGCUGGGAGGCGGAGGAGGCAACGGCAGUGGGCCCCGAGGUUCGGCCGGGCGAUCGGCCGGAGAGGACGAAGAAGCGGGCAGCCCGGACAGCGGCAGUGGCGGGCAUUUGAGAGACGGCAUUAGACGAGGCCGACCAAGAGCAGACACAGUCCGAGAUCUAAUAAAUGAGGGAGAGCAUUCUUCUAGCAGGAUUCGCUGUAAUGUUUGCAACAGAGUCUUCCCACGCGAGAAGUCUUUACAGGCACACAAAAGAACUCACACUGGUGAAAGGCCUUAUUUGUGUGAUUACCCAGAAUGUGGGAAAGCCUUUGUUCAGAGUGGGCAGCUUAAAACACACCAGCGUCUCCAUACAGGAGAGAAACCUUUUGUCUGUGCAGAAAACGGGUGUGUAAGCAGAUUCACACAUGCAAACCGUCAUUGCCCCAAGCAUCCGUAUGCAAAGCUGAGGAGAGAAGAACCUACAGAUAAACUGAAUAAAAAGCAAACUGCAGACAACAAGGCUGUUGCUGAAUGGCUGGCAAAGUAUUGGGAAAUGAGAGAACAGCGCACUCCUACAUUGAAAAGCAAAUCUACUCAUAAGCCUGACCAGGAGCAGCAAGACCCCAUGGAAUACCUUCAGUCUGAAGAUGAGGAAGAGGAAAAAAAUACCUCCCAUUCAGCCCUCUGUAGCCGCCUUCAAGAACAGCGUGAACGCUUGCAUGGGGCACUAGCACUCAUUGAGCUUGCAAACUUGGCUGGAGCUCCAUUACGCCAGUAAUACUAGACCUGGGCCUGCUGAUCAACAAAAUGUAAAUCAGUUAACUCCUGAGCAUAAGCUAAGCACCUUAUUUGCUUUCAUAGGCUGCUAUUAAGUAGAAUUUAUGAAGAAUGUUGUUGCCUCAGAAAAUGGGGUAAGAGAAUUGCACUUUUUUUGUAAGUCAGAUGUAAAGCUUUUUAAGUAUUUUGUAAAUAUGAGAUUGUAUAAUGCAGAAUGAAAAUGCUCAUGUUGUAGAAUGCUAGAUUUGCAAGGUUAGGGCUAUGCUUUUAAUCACAACUAUGUGGAAGUAAGUCACUGCAAUUAGUGGGUCUUGCCUCCAUGUAACAGUGCUUAAAAUCAGGAUGCCAGUCAUUCUUUGAUUCAGUUCUCACAGGAAGCACUUUCUGAACUCAUUAUGUUGGAAUAAUGGUACGUGUGUUCAAAGAAAUUAGUUGAAAGUUUUUUUUUUUAAAAAGAUGUAAACAAUAAUGCAUCCAUGCUAUUUCAAAAGUCAAUAUUUUACUUAGCAUUACUGACAAGGAUGCUAGAAUAGCUGUCUUAACUUUGCAGCAGCAUAGAAGAAUUGGAUGAUGUUUUGUUCAGAAUCUUCACUGUGACUGCUGACACGGAGACUUGAUUUUUGUGGACUGAGAUCUCAGCAGUCUCUUCAUUGAGUAGCACUUGUUGUUCCUAAUAGAACGUUGGGAAUGUUUGCACAUUGUUGGACUUGCCUAUAACUGAGCGAUUACUCUUGCAUAUCCUAGGCAUGGUAACAUCAUAUCAAGUGUGGAUUUAUAGGAAUAUUUACAACGUAUUAUUACAAGAUGCUCAUUAGCAAACACUAAAGUACUGCUUUAAAAGUUUUCUUGCAGAUAGUUUUCUCAUUGCAUAUCGCCACCUUAUUGCUUGAUUUGAAACUUACAUGCCAAGUUUGUGUUCACUAACUGUAGCUCAGUCACUGAUAAAAUUGUGAAGUAUUAGCUGUAAACUAGGAAAAUAGGCUUUGAACAGUAGUUGCAAAUGUGAGUUGUAGGGUUAGUAUUUCCCUAAAUGAAGAUAUAGAAUAGCACUUAGUGCUCUUGAGCACUGAAAGAAAAUAAAUUUUAGCAGUAAUUAUCAUAUGCCAGGCAUGUGCCUUGAUAGCUAUCUGGACAAAAUGAGUAGAGGUGCAUAAUAGACUGUGCAAGUUCAGUACUCCUGAUUUUAAGAGUAAAGGCUACUGGCGUAAGCAUUUGAAUAAUCUGAUUAUUAUCUAAAUGACCUCCUCCUAUGAUAGCAUUUUACUUAGAAGUCCUGAUCAGAGCAAAUGACUAAUGUCUUAAAUUGGCAAUAUGAAGAUAUGUUGAUACUUCCAUGCUUAUCUAGAUUAUGGGUUAAAUCCAGAUAUUUUACAGAAGGUGCCUCUUCCCGGUUUUCUGUGAUCUCCCCCACCACAGCUUACUCCACUCUGCAGAAGCCCUGACCCUCAAGGGGAUAUAUUUGGGAAGCUCUGCGGGCUGAUGGAGAGAAGAGGGGUGAGAAAGUUAGUCUUCAACUUCCCCCUCCACGGGUGGCUAUCUGGAUCCAACAUACCUUUUAGGGUCAACUUCAUUUUGGUAUAUCCUUAAGAUUAUGUAUUAAUGUUUGCAAAGAGCUAGAAAAAGGGAAGAUAGUGCAGUUGAUCUGAAUCUUAGAAUUGUCACUUUUUGGCUUGUUAACUUCAUAUAUGUUUGUUUGGCACCUCUGCUUCCUUAAUACAAAGCACUUGGACCUUUUGACUAUAUAAAAAUCAAAUUGGAAUCCUCAGAAAUAAAGCUUAAGGACCUUAAAAUGUCAAUUUUGACGAUGUCUCUGAAGCUAAUUCAGCAGCAGGAAAAACAUUUGCACUUCAUGGAAUCCAGUUGAUACUAUUGUAGAAGUAAAUAUAUGACGACAUCAACGUGUCAUGUAAACGAAGCCCAAUUUGUUGUAAAUGAACACAAACUCUUACCCCUUUUCAAUGUAUUAUUUGCAUAGAAUACAUAUUGAAAAUAUGUAUUUAAUUAAAACACAUUCUGCCUAGCUGUAGGCAAAUCAAGCUGCUUUACCAAUUAUGUAUAAAAUACAUCUUUGGAAAAACUCCAACCAACCAUUUCUGAAAAAGAUUGGGUUUUUAAAAAUGGUGGUUAAAGAAUUUUCUGCUUCAUAUGAUUAAGCUGUACUUUUGGCAUGAGAUAAAAUGCUGUAAUUCU